AUGUCUUCUCCUAAGGAGCAUCCGCUCGCAUGCCCCGAAGUCAUCCGCUGGCUUGUUGACUCGCAAUGCAUUUCUGAAGAGGAUUUGCUCGAGCUUGCCAGGACGAACAAGGCCAUCUCCAAACUGGUCUUGCAGGAAUCCAUGCGCAACAAGAUUAAGAACAUUCCCUUCAAAGACCCAGACAACCCAAUCCAUCAAGCCAUCAUGGUCGACCGCCCCAACCUUCUCCAGGAGGCUCUCGACCUAGGCGAGUUUGAGCCCCGCGAACAAGCCAUGACCUCCCCAAACGGCCGUCGCCUGAUGGACGAGACCGCCCACGACCUCUUCGAACGACCGCUCACGGCUGUUCAAAACCGCGCGCCAAGUCGCCAUCGACAAGCGCCAAGUCCAAUAUCUCAUCUACCUGCACCACAACGACGACAACAACAACCCCAGCCACAACACCCCGUGAUCUCGGUGCUCAGGCCUUUUUAA